UGAUGCGCGGUUUCUCAACCGGAUAUUUAAUUCUAUCACAUGCCCCAGUUUGUAGCUCUUCUAGUCAGUCCACUUGAGCGCUUGCACGAACGUCCUUCAACCACUACUCUCUUGGUGUUGAAUUAUUAUAUUCCAGCACACUGCCCAGAGUUACAAUGCCGGACAUGACGGAGGGCGAUCACGCCUCCAUUGGGGGUGCUCCAGACGGGACCCCUCGCGAGGUGCACCCAACGGCAACCUCCUUCGGGUAGCGUCCGUUUCCCCCAGUGAUGAAUCUCCACGCCAACUACUCCGGUGUUCUCAAUACAAUAAAAAGCCACAAACUCUGCGGAGCAAGCGAGAGCGACUUUCUUUACCUAGUCGAAUACCAUAUCGGCUACACACGAAGGGGUCCCCUCAACUUUGGCCGCGGAUACUACCUCCGCAAUGGCACCACGUUCAAGGAUGACAUCCUCACUGCCACUGGCCAAGACUUUCGGUUCCCACUUCUCGUCUCGUUCGUUAACCCAGUGACGAUCGUGAAAAUCCCACCCCUUGAGACGGCAGAGAACCCUCGGGAUCUGGUGGAUGAGGUGCUGGAUGCUGGGACCACCCAAGAGCAUGGGGUCACGUUCAGAUUCUCAAUCGAGGUUGGGGUGAAGGAAAUGCAAAGGGAGACGUUUGAAUGGAGGAGGGCCGCAGCAAGCUCGGGAAGGCAAGAUAACGAAGAAGGGACCGGGCACAAGGUCAAGAGUCUGUACACACUGCACCGUCUUGCUCACGGCUAUACAGCCGCCUCAACCUCAACCUCACCUCCCUCAAGUGGCGUGGCUGGGGCCCCUGACGUGGUAGCGAUGCUUGCAUUCAACUCUGUCCUCUCAUUCACACACCUCUUCACAUUGGAACUCAAGGGGGCCGGGUUGACGGGGGAACUGGGCGACCGUUGGACUCUCACGGCUGUUACCACGGCACUGACUAUCCACUUGCUGAGGCAGCUCGGCAAGACGCCAGGUGCAAGUGCUGGGAGUCCACAGAAAAGCAAUGGCAAGUGACCGGAAAUAUCUUGACUCUUCGUGAGUUGGAGGAGGCCAUCAACGUGAUUUAAUGAGUAGGUAGGGUUACUUUUGCAAGGACUGGAAGGUCCUGGAGCCGUUGCCAUCAAACCGGGUAGCUUUGUCAGAUCACUUAAGCAAAAUGCUCUCGCCCCGAUGCUCUAAUGUGCCGACAUGCACAAAAGCAAUGUCUCCAAAGACCGAAUGGGAAGGGGGUCAUCAGCAUAGGAAAAAGAAGAGGUGAGAUGUUUUCCUAACCGACUUAAAUUUAGUUAUAGCACACCCGGCCCAGAUACAACAUCCCCCAUAGAAAUGAACUUCCCACAUAGGAGUAACUCCGACCAGGUAUCCAAAGUUAAUCCUCCCAAAAACGCCAAGCUAAUACCUCAAGAACCAUAACCAUCCUUACCAGCCUUUAGUCAUAUGUCCUAACCCAUCCACAUCAUAGCAAUGAUCCACCCAGCUUAGUGCUGGACCUCGCUGGUCGCCAC